UGGCAGCGGCGGCGGCGGCGGCAGCGCGGGCCGGGUUGACCAGGCAGAUGCCGCCAUGCAGCACUACGGGGUGAAUGGCUACUCGCUGCAUGCCAUGAACUCACUGAGUGCCAUGUACAACCUGCACCAGCAGGCAGCCCAGCAGGCCCAGCAUGCCCCUGACUACCGGCCUUCGGUGCAUGCGCUUACAUUGGCUGAGCGCCUGGCUGACAUCAUCUUGGAGGCCCGUUAUGGUUCCCAGCACCGCAAACAACGUCGCAGCCGCACGGCAUUCACGGCUCAGCAGCUGGAGGCCCUGGAAAAGACCUUCCAGAAGACUCACUACCCAGAUGUGGUGAUGCGUGAGAGGCUGGCCAUGUGCACCAACCUGCCCGAAGCCCGGGUGCAGGUGUGGUUCAAGAACCGCCGGGCCAAGUUCCGGAAGAAGCAGCGCAGCCUGCAGAAGGAACAGCUCCAGAAGCAGAAGGAGGCUGAGGGCUCCCACGGGGAAGGCAAGACCGAGGCCCCCACUCCAGAUACCCAGCUGGACACUGACCAGCCCCCACGUCUGCCUGGCGGUGACCCCCCUGCUGAGCUUCACCUGAGUCUGUCUGAGCAGUCGGCCAGUGAAUCAGCUCCCGAGGAUCAGCCGGACCGUGAGGAGGAUCCUCGGGCAGGGGCUGAGGACCUCAAAGCUGAGAAGAGCCCUGGGGCUGAGAGCAAGGGGCUGGGCUGCAAGAGGGGCAGCCCCAAGGCAGAUUCCCCAGGCAGCCUGACCCUCCCUCCUGCGGCCCCAGGGGGUGGCCUCCUGGGACCCUCCCACUCCUACUCCUCGUCCCCUCUGAGCCUCUUCCGUCUGCAGGAGCAAUUCCGUCAGCACAUGGCGGCCACCAAUAACCUGGUGCACUACUCAUCCUUCGAAGUGGGGGGUCCCGCCCCUGCUGCUGCCGCGGCGGCUGCUGCCGCUGUGCCCUACCUGGGUGUCAACAUGGCCCCGCUGGGCUCACUGCACUGCCAGUCCUACUACCAGUCCCUGUCAGCAGCCGCUGCUGCCCACCAGGGUGUGUGGGGGUCCCCACUGCUGCCUGCACCCCCAGCGGGCCUGGCUCCUGCAACAGCUGCCCUGAACAGUAAAACCACAAGCAUCGAGAACCUGCGGCUCCGGGCUAAGCAGCAUGCAGCCUCCCUGGGACUCGACACACUGCCCAACUGACUGUCUGGCCUCCCAGGGGUCUUGGGUAUCCCCUCCUCGCCCCGUGGUUAUCCCCAGGUGGCUCUCAAGGAGUUAACUUCAUGAGCCCAGGGAUCCUAGGGCCUGGUGUCCUAUUCCCUGCCCCACUUCCCCAUACCCAGCCCGAAGUGAAGCCCACACCUACAUACCCUCUGCAUGGCCCUGCCUGGACCCCCUGGAGGCUGAAUGGGGAGGAGGUGAGAGGCUGGGGUGCCCCAAGCUUUCCUCCGGGAAGUGAGAGGCUCUCCCUGGCUAGAUCCCCAUCUCAAUAGUGCCUCCUCCCUUUCCUCCCUCCCCUUCUGCCACCCUAGUGAGUCUAUGUGUGGAAUGUGAGAUAUAAAUAUAAAUAUAUAAAGCUAUAUUUUCAGGCACCUGCCUGCCCCAGGCCCCCUGCCCUGCCCCCAUCUCUUCUUCCCUCCCACCCCUGCCCUGCAGCCUCUGUGGCUCACUCUAGCUAUCCCUUCUCUUUCUGCUUCUCUCUCCUUCCUUCUUCCCUUGAUCUCCCUCUUCCGGUCUCUGUCCAGGUCCCUGCCCUCAUCUCCGCCCAACCUCUGUAUUCUCCACCCUUGAUCUUUCUCCCUGUUUCUCCCCGUGCCCUUAGUUUCUUCCUUUAGUGCUGGCUGUGUUGGUGUUGUCAAUUCUUAAGCUAUGUUUUGUUCAGGGUUAUGGCUGGUUUUGGGUUUUAGUAAUUUUGCUACUUCUCGUUCCACUCCUCUUCCCUCCCUUCUGCCCUGCCUGCCUGUCUCCUCCCUGCAUCCACACCCUCUCUAGGCAGCUGUUCUUUCCCAUGCCCAAUAGAAGCAACAAGCCCCUAGCUGGAGACCCUGGGGAUCUGGAGCUGCAGGUGGGAGGUGGCACUGGCUCCUACUCCCACCCUCACCCAGGCUGGCAUCUAGAAGGUGUCAUGAAUUACUUUCUCUUCUCUCUUCUCAGUGUUUAGGUCCUCAUUCCCAAGAUUGAGGAGGCAGUAGUCAGGCUGGGCAGGCAGUAGAAUGGCCAGCAUUCCUGCCUGUAAAACCUCCAAAGACAGAAGCCUAGUGUCAGUGUUCAGCCAGGACUCUAGAGCUAAAUUUGGAGAGACUUCCCUAGUUGGAGUGUGGCAGCAGGGGAAGAGGUGCUCUCAGAGACACCAGGGCUGGUGCUCCUCUCCCAUAAGCCCAGCCUCCACAUCCAGCAGGUACUGUCCAUAGCAGGUGUGUGGGUGACCAGGAAUGAAGGUUGAACUCUGCUCCUGCGCACAGUGUAUGCAAAGCAUACAGCAACGCAUAGGCUUAGGGUUCUGUGGGCUUCCUGCCCUAGAGCCAGUUAUGGAGGUAAGGGCUUCUCUCCAACUAGUCACUGGCAUGGAAAAGUGUGUUCCUGUUUAUAGCCAGGAAACCCAGAUCAGCAAACUCCCUUUCAAAGCUGUGUGACUGACCGGGGGCAGUGGCUCAUGCCUAUAAUCCCAGCACUUUGGGAGACCGAGGCAGGCA